CGCUAUCACAAAACUGAAAAUAAAAAUAUGGCGCCACAUUAAAAUAUUACAGAAAUUUUAAACCAUUUUCAUUUCUAAAAUUUCACCUAGGUAAUGUAACCAAAACCAAGCCCAAAAAAAAAUCCUUCAUUUUCUCAUUUCAUCAGUGAAACAAACAAAGAACACUCUUCAUCUCUCUCUUUAUUCUAUUUCACGAUCAGCUAGGGUUCUAAAACAAUCUGCGGCCCAAAUUUACCAAAAUUAUCACUCAUCUACUCAAAUUUACAAAAAAAAUCACACAUUAUGCUCGACGUUAUUCUGUAAUGGUUGCGCAUCAAGUGGGAUCUGCUGGGUUUUGCCGUUGAAAUUCUCUAGCUGUGAUUAUUUUAAUUAAUUUGGUAUCAAAAUUUCAAAGGAUUCUGCUUCUCCUGUUUCUGUUGUCGCCAAUUUCUGGAAAGGUAUUUUUCCUGAUUUCAUUUUUUUUCAUUUUUAAUGCUGCAUUUCGAUUUAAUUUGAUUGAUUUAUCGAUUGAUUUUAGGGUUAUUGUAGAGGAAAUUGUUAGUUUGGUUGUUUAAAUGUGGUUUUACUGGAUGAAUGUGCAAUGAGAAUUUGAUUUAGAGAAAGAAAUACAAUUUAGAGUCUGAAACUCUUGAUAGGAAUGCUUCUUGAUUGACUUAUUGAUAGUACUACGUACUUAGUAUUAAAGAAGUAAGGGCGUCUCUAAUAGUUAAUUAGAAUCUGUCGAAAAAUAGAUAGAAAGUUAGGAGCUUACAAUCUGAUUCGUGAAUGCUAUAGAACAUCCUUUAAAAAUUGCAGCAUUUUCUAUGUACUGCAUGUACAAUGUUUGGGAAAUCUGCAUAAACAAUAGAGUAUAUAUUUAGCUCAUCCUAGUAAGGAAAUUACACAAGCAAAAGCAACUCAAUUUCUCAGAUACAUAUUAGAAAUUUUUUAAUGCUGGUUCUUGUACAUUACCUUUGCUCAAAGAGAAAUGGGAAUGUCAUUCAAAACAGAAGCCUCAGUAUAGCUACUUUCAUAUUGCAGACGCAGAUGAGACAUAAUCUGAUUACGAAGGUCCCUGUCAAGCCUAUUUCUGUACAUAUAUUUCAUUACUUCUGCCAUUUUAUCCCUAAAUCGUUCUGUUUGAGAGCCUUUAACUAUCAAUGCAGUCAUAUUACCGAUCAAAUAAGCACCCAAAAUUAUAUCAAACGAGACAUAAAUCAUAAUGAAUAUCAUUUCCCGCAUAUUGACGGCAUGUAUAUCUCCAUAUCCUGUAAUAUAACAGCACCAUUGAUGUGUUAAUGACAUUCUAGAGCAAUCAUGAACACAUAUCUGAGUAGUUUUGCUGUAACAUCUUUCCGUAAGUAGGUUCAUUCUACAUUACUACGCUGUAAUUCACAUUAAGUUUACACUAAAAAUACUCUUUAUUAUGACUCCAUGACCUGCCAUAAUCAAUCAAAAUUGUUGCCAAAGCUUUUUUAGCAUUAUAACUUUCUUCUAUUUUAUUUUAAUUUAAUGUUCUUGAUGUUGUAUCAAUGUAACAAGUAAAUAAGUACAAAGACAGAUUGUGGUACGUUGGGCUUUUCAAAAAGGGAAAUUAUCAAGGUUGCUAUGUUAUCAAGUUUAAAGAGCAGGUUAAAGGGCAAGUGUCCUGCCUCAUCCUCUUCCCAACAAAAGGAAAGUUAUGCAGUUUUAAGGAAUGAUGAGAGUUCAAGUGAUGAUAGUGACAAUGAUGAGGAAAAUAUGUUUGAUGAACAACAAAGUGAAGGUACCAAUGUUGAAAAUAAUAUAACAGAAGAAACUCAUAUAAUCCCUGAUAUUAGUUCACAAGAGAGACUCAAGAAGAAAGCUCCAAGAGGACCUAACAAGUGUGGUAACCUCUCAAGCAAUGAGAAAACUAUUGUUAGUGUAAAUAUCAAUGGACAACCAAUUGGUAAACAUGGCAGAAUACUCUCAUCUUACCUUGGUCUACUUGCUAGAGACCCAAAAUUAGUACCAUUUGAUUUGAAUGAUUGGAGGAAGUUUUUGAACAAGGAAAAAGAAGAAGUUCUUUGGAAGAUUAUUUUGACUAGAUUUACAUUUGAAGGUCCUACUUCUCCAAAAGAUUGGUCCAUGGAAAAGAUUGAUAGUUGCCUUAGAUCAUGGAGAACAAAACUUAAACAGAAACAUUACAAACCAGAAGAAAAAUCUUUAGAAGAGUUGCUGGUGCCACUUAAUACUAGAGUUGAUCUUGACCAGUGGGCAAAUAUAGUGCGUAGGUGGGAGUCAAAAGAAGGAAAGGAUUGCAGCAAUAGAAAUUUUGAUAAUCGCAUGAAGUCUACAAUGGCACAUCACUUGGGCACAAAAAGUUUGGCUCGAUUAAGAGAGGAAAUGACAGCGGAGGAUGGUGAAGCACCUGAUCGCCUUAAGGUCUUUGAAAAGGCUUAUGGUGACGCAAAAAAAAAACCAGUGGAUCCAAUUUCUGAGAUGAAGCUUGCUUCAGUGAAAAACCAUAAAGAGAAGCUUCCCCCUGAUUGUGAUAUUGUUAGUGAGCGAGACAAAAUAUUUGAGCUUGUUGUUGGAGAAGAUAAGCGUGGGUACAAACGUACGUAUGGAAUUGGUGUGAAAGUGUCAACUAAAGGUAACUCUAUGUACCACAACACUGAAGCAAGACAUAUGGUUGAAGAAGUGGAGAAAAGAAAAACAUUGGAAGAAGAAGUGGAGAUAGAAAAGCAAAAAAGGCUAGAAUUGGAGCAAGGAAUUUCCAUGGAAACUGAGAAAAGAAAGGAGCUAGAAGAAAACAUGUUAAGUGAAAAAAGGAAAAGGGAAGCUUUGGAAGAAUAAAUGCAGACAUUGAAGAAAUUGGUUCUCCACAUGCAAUCUAAUCAAGCCCCGCAGGUGACGCGUCAUCAGCCAGGCAUCAGGUGCUCCGACACCAACAGUCCGACGGUCCGACGUCGUUGAAUUUCGCUGAGGUAGUGAGCUAAAACCCAGUGAUGAAUUAGAAUAUCCAAGCUUGAAGAUUGUUGAUGCAGGUGCAUAGAUCUUUUUUGGAAAUCAAGUAGUUGCAUUGUACUUUUGUUGAGAAAACUUUAUGCUAUUAUUAUACUUCUUAUUAUAUCUUAAAUGGUGGUGGUGAUGAUGUAAAAACACUUUGUUUAUAUUAGUAUGCAUGCACCAACUUUUUGUACUAAAACUCUUAUGAGAACUUAUGGAUAAAUAGUAUAAAUAUUCCUUUUGUUCAA